AUGGAUUUUACCUUCAACACGAGCACUGGACUCGAACUCGACCGAUGUGACACAGUAUUCAACACUAUACAAAUUUUCUGGCUCGUAUCAUAUUCCGUACUAUUUAUAAUUAGUGUCGGUGGAAAUUGUUUAGUAUGUUUAGUUGUCAUUGGCCAGGAGAGAAUGCGAACGGUCACGAACUACUUUCUUCUUAAUCUCGCCAUAGGGGACAUUGCAAAAGGUGUGCUGUGCAUUCCAUUUACAUUCGUGAUUAACGUUUUAGUGCCAUACUGGCCUUUUGGAAGUUUCAUGUGCCCGUUUAUUAUGUACAUGCAGAUUGUGACCGUGUUUCUUAGUGCCUUCACCCUGGUUGCUAUGAGCUUUGAUCGUUAUGUGGCAAUCAUACACCCGCUUAGACCGAAACUGACAACAAGGAAAGCAUUAUUGACGAUAGCGAUUGUCUGGAUCCUUGCGCUCGCGGUUCCUAUCCCAACAGUUGUUAAAUCUCGCGUUUAUACCAAUCCCUACCCAAACACGUCAAAAGAGUGUCAAAAAGGAUUGUGUCUGGACAUUUUCGAGGACAAUGUUCUACAGCAAGUGUACACUAUUGCCAUUAUGUGUAUCCAGUAUGUAAUCCCUUUGAUCGUCCUGAUGUUCACAUACACACGUAUUGGUUAUAUUAUCUGGAUCAAACGCACGCCCGGUGAGGCCGAGAGGCGAAGAGAUGAGAGAAUAGCUUCAUCAAAGCGAAAGAUGGUGAAGAUGAUGAUUGUUAUGGUAAUUACCUAUGCCGUAUGCUGGCUACCCAUUCACGCCAUAAGACUCUAUGAAGAAAAUAUUGAAGACUCUGAAGCGCUAUACAAUUCCGAACAUUACCAGUUUACUUGGACCGGGUUCCAUUGGCUAGCAAUGUCGUAUGCUUGCUAUAACCCGAUUGUUUAUUUCUGGAUGAAUAAGAGAUUCCGAGCUGGCUUUAAAAGCAUGUUUUUCCUGUGUACGCAUUGUAAGAAAGGUAAUGGUCGCAGCAUAUGCAGCAAACGAAGACCACGAUUGCCAAAUAGAACAAACAGUGGAUCCAGUAGUCGAUUUAGUCCACGCGCCAGCAUAGACGAAACUAAAAUUCUAAAAAUGUCGUUUCUACAUAAGGACCAUGGUGACCCACAUGAUCUUUGACAUUAACAUGGACGAAAAUGUCUUUCAUACUUGGUGCGGGCGAAUUUUAGACUGUAUUGAAAAUUAUCAGUCUGCAAAUUUACAACACGCAUUAAUUUUCUCAUGUUGCUAAACGUUUGCUGCUAAAUGCGUACAAGUCAUUCUUUUAAAAUAUUUUUCUUAUAUUGAAGUAGGCUUGACGUAUAUAUUAGUAUUGUAUUUAUUUAUAUGGGUGCAAAUGUAUAAGAUU